CAAGGCGCGUUUCCGGCCUGAGGAACCGUCGCGUUUCUGAGGAGACGCCUCAGCAGCCGGUUACCACCGCGCCCGCAGCCUCCGGCCGGCCGCCUCCGUCGCCCUGUCACCAUGGGGGCCGUGCUGGGCGUCUUCUCCCUCGCCAGCUGGGUUCCUUGCCUCUGCAGUGGUGCAUCAUGUUUGCUGUGUAGUUGCUGUCCCAACUGUAAAAAUUCUACUUUGACUCGCCUCGUCUACGCUCUCGUUCUUAUCCUGGCCACUGCUGUAUCCUUUAUCAUGCAACUUGAUGGAGUACAAACUCAGCUGAAGAAGAUUCCUGGAUUCUGUGAAGGGGGAUUUAAAAUCCAAGCUACUGAUAUAAAGGUGGAUAAAGAUUGCGAUGUGCUGGUCGGUUACAAAGCUGUGUAUCGGAUCUACUUUGCCUUGGCCAUCUAUUUCUUUGCCUUCUCUCUGCUCAUGUUAAAAGUAAAAUCGAGCAAAGAUCCCAGAGCAGCAAUACACAAUGGAUUUUGGUUCUUCAAAAUUGCUGCCAUUGUUGGUAUCAUGGUUGGAGCUUUCUACAUCCCUGGGGGCCAUUUCACCACAGCCUGGUUUAUAAUUGGUAUGGUAGGGGCCUUCUUCUUCAUCCUCAUUCAGCUGGUGCUGUUGGUAGACUGUGCUCACUCUUGGAAUGAAUCAUGGGUAAAUCGAAUGGAAGAAGGAAAUCCAAGGUGCUGGUAUGCUGUUUUACUCUCUGUCACGAGCUUGUUUUAUAUCCUGUCAAUCAUCUUUGUUGUGCUGCUCUACACAUUUUUCACCAAAUCAGAUGGCUGCACAGAAAACAAGUUCUUCAUCAGCAUUAAUCUGAUCCUUUGUGUUGUGGUUUCUAUUAUAUCAAUCCAUCCCAAAAUUCAGGAACACCAGCCCCGUUCUGGCCUUCUGCAGUCCUCUAUCAUCACCCUCUACACCAUAUACCUCACGUGGUCGGCCAUGUCCAAUGAACCUGAUCGUUCCUGCAACCCUGGCCUGAUAGCCAUCUUUACACAAAUUACUGCACCAACCUUGGCUCCUGGAAAUACCACUGCUGUCGUCCCUACCGUUAUUCCAUCAUUAAAAAAUGGGCCUUCCCUGGAUAUAGAGAAUGUUACUGGGCUGGUAGUCUUUGUUUUCUGUCUUUUGUAUUCUAGCAUCCGCACUUCCAGCAAUAGUCAAGCAAAUAAGCUAACCCUGUCAGGAAGUGACAGCGUCAUCCUCAAUGAUACAGCUACCAGUGGUGCUGGUGACGAGGAAGAUGGGCAUCCUCGGCGGGCUCUGGACAACGAGAAAGAGGGAGUGCAGUACAGCUACUCCUUAUUUCACUUCAUGCUCUGUUUGGCUUCCUUGUACAUCAUGAUGACGCUGACCAACUGGUACAGUCCUGAUGCAAAGUUCCAGAGCAUGACCAGCAAGUGGCCAGCGGUGUGGGUCAAGAUCAGCUCCAGCUGGGUUUGCCUCCUCCUCUACGUCUGGACUCUUGUGGCUCCACUCGUCCUCACCAAUCGAGACUUCAACUGAACCUCUAAGUGCCAAGGAUACCUGUAUCAUUUAUAAAUGUUUCCUUUGCUGAAAGCCCAUAUCCCUUUUACUUUUGCUUUGACUAAAAUAGUAAGUGAAUGCUUUGCAAA